AUGUUACCGUGGAGGAGGAUAGCCCCCCCGGAGAGUAAUGUUACCGUGGAGGAGGCGGUUGGUGAACAGGAUGAGCAGCUUUCUCUGAGGCGGCAGGUGUUCAUGUUCCUGGACUCGCCCACACAGACGCUGGAGGAGUCCUUCAGAGUGAAGCAUGCUCACGGCUCUUACAUGGUGUAUGCAGGCUCUGGACAGGUGAAAUGUUUUGAGGAGGAGGUGGCAGCGUUGCUCACCGUUCUGGUGGAGGCGCUGCUGGAUCUGGUGUCCGGAGGAAGGCCCGACCUUUUCGACUACGGCCGUCUCCAUGGUGAUGACCCCAGGCGUAACCUUGACCACGCCUUUGUGCUGGCGGAGCGCCAGUUUGGGAUCAUGCAGCUGCUGGAGGUGGAGGACAUGCUGGUGUCCCAUCCCGACGAGAAGUCCAUCAUGACCUACGUGUCCCUCUACUACCACUACUUCUCCAAGAUGAAGCAGGGCCUGACCAAUCAGAAGAGACUCGCCAAGAUAGUCGGCAUGCUGAUGGAGCUGGACGCCAUGAAGGUCCAGUACGAGCGGCUGGUCUCAGAUCUGCUUCGCUGGAUCAAAACCAAGGUGGUGCAGCUGAACGACCGGAGAUUCCCAAACUCUGUGAGGGAGAUCCAGAAGCUGAUGAUGGCGUUCAAGACCUACAGAACUGUGGAGAAACCCCCCAAAUAUCAGGAGCGUGGAGCGAUUGAAGCUCAUCUGUUCAGUCUGAAGACUCAGCUGGCAGCCAACAACCAGUGGGCUUACAAUCCUCCAGAGGGUAAAACCCUGAGUGACAUAGAGAAGAGUUGGGCUUUGCUGGAGAGAGCUGAACACGAGCGAGAGCGCGCCCUGCAGGAGGCGCUGCUCCGCCUCGAGAACCUGGAGCAGCUCGCCCAGAAGUUUGAGAGGAAGGCAGCGCUCAGGGAGGGGUACUUGGAGGACACGCUGCGUCUGAUCCGGAGGCAGGACUUCCGCGGUCUCUCCACCCUGGAGGAGGCCCAGGCAGCCGGCCGGCGUCUGGAGGCGCUGGCCACCGACGCCUUGGCCAGAGAGCCGCGCUUCGCCGCCCUGAGAGACAUGGCCGAGACCAUAGAGAGAGGAAACUACCACAGCAAGGAGCAGGUCAUCCGGAGAGAGGAGAACAUCAGCCAUCGAUGGAAGGACCUACUGCAGCAGCUCCAAGAGCAGAGGGGGCUGCUGGGUAAUGUAGUUGAAAAUCUGAGUGUCCUCCGAGACAUCGAGCUCGUCUCCCAGGAACUGAAAGAACUACAGUCCCAGGCCAGUUCCUCUGACCUGGGGAAACAGCUGGCUGAGGUGGAGUCUCUCCUCCAGAAACAGGAUCUUCUGGAAGCUCAGAUCUCCGCUCACGGUGAAACCAUCACCGCCAUCAGCAGCACAGCGCUGAAAGUGAAAGCGAGAGAUGGUCAGCAGAUUCAGAGCAGAGUGAGAGCUCUCGACACGCAGUACAAAUCUCUGGUGUCUCUCAGCGGAAACAGGAGGAGACAGCUCGAUGCUCAGCUGAGGCUGUUUGAGUUCUUCUAUGACUGUGAGGAUGCGGAGGCCUGGCUGUACGAGCGCUGGUUGAGGCUGCAGACUGCCGGACUCGGCAGAGACCUGAACCACAUCCAGCUGGCCCAACACAAGCACAAGGCGUUGGAGGCGGAGCUCCAGGCCCAGGAGUCUCUGUACCAGGGGGUUCUGGGUCGAGGCCAGGACCUGCUGUCCAAACAGAGUCAGCCCAAUCAGAGAGCCAUCCAGAAGUGGAUCCGCACCCUUAAGAAGCAGUGGAGCCACCUGACCGCCGAGGCCACGGGACACCGCAACAGACUGCAGGCCGCCGCCGCCAUCAAACAGUACUUUGCAGAUGUGGCGGAGGCCGACUCCUGGCUGAGCGACAGGAAACCGCUGCUGAACAGCGAGGAUCACGGAAAGGAUGAGUCGAGCACGGCCGCGUUGCUGCAGCGCCACCUGCGGUUGGAAAAGGAGAUGGUGGCCUACGCCUCGGAGAUAAAGAGACUAACCGAGCAGGCGAGGAGCGCCGCGCAGCAAACAGCUCUGACCGCGGAGCCUCAGCAGAGUAAGAUGAUCCAAUACAGCAGCGACUCAUCCGGAGACGAGGAUGGUCCAGGAGCGGUGACAUCACCGCCACCUAGAGCCGGAGGUGGGAGUGGGGGUGGGGGGGGCUCUGGCAGCGGCUCCUGUCAGAGUGAAGACAGCAGGGCCAAGGUCCGCUUCAGAUACAGCAGAGGUCAGUUUCCAUGGGAUCGUAAUGAGAUUGUAACCAUAGUCCACACUGAGCCGGAUGGAGACCGAGUUCUGGCCAGAGACAGCCGAGGAAACCAGCAGCUCGUCCCCAAAACCUACCUGACCCUGCUGCCAGCCACUGCUCCUCCCCCCAUCCCGCCCGUCUCCACCAAUGGUGCGCCAGAGAGCCCGAGCAGGAAGUUGAGUCGUCCGAGACGCAGCCGCUCGAUGCGUCGCGGUACGGCAGAGAUCCAGACCACAUCGCUGCCAGACCCACAGUACCAGAGAGACACAGUGGAGAGCACGCAGGCCGGCCUGGACCGGGACUACAACUCCCUGUACAACCUGGUCAAGUCGAAGACCAGGAGUCUGCAGGAGAUGCUUCGUCUUCAUCGGUUCUACAACAGCUGCCAGGAGUUUGAGUCGUGGAUGGAGGACAAGGAGAACGUCCUGAACACCUUCAGCACCGACGCCGACAACCUGGGAGUGGUUCAGGCUAAAUACGAGAACUUCCUGACUGAGUUGGCGAGUGGGCGUGGCCAGUUGGAUGACAUCAUCAGCAUGGCGGAGGAACUGGUGAAGAGACGACACAGUAAGCAGAGAGAGAUCCAGGCCAGACAGAGGAGCGUUUCCAAAAGGUGGGAUCGGAUCCAGCGGCUGAAAGACGAGAAAGGACACGAGCUGCUGAGCACGGCCGACGUGCAGUCCUUCCUGCAGAGCUGCGCCGAGGCCAAAGCUCAGCUGCAUGGCCAGCUGUCCGGCCUGGACACCGUGGACGUGGGCUGCAGCGCCUUCACCCUGCAGGCCGAGGAGAAGAUCCAGACUCAGACCCUCCGAGACAUCCAGACCCUGGAGGCUAAGAUCGCCUACCUGAAGAACGUCGCCAAGAUGAAGCAGGACUGCAGUCCAGCCGAGAGGUCAGCCAUCGUAGAGGAGGUUCAGGGUCUGGAGGCUCUGCUGAAUCAGUUGAAGCGGCAGGCUGCAGACAGACAGCUGCUCCUGGAGGAGGCCCGCGGGCUGCAGAGCUUCCAGCAGCGGGCCAAGGAGCUGCAGCGCUGGACCGGCUCGGUGCAGGACCGCCUCCUGCAGGAGGAGCCGGCCGGAGACGUGGCCUCGGCCCUGGCCCUGCUGGACCAUCACCACGAGCUCCGGAUGGAGAUGGACGAGCACAGGAGCAGAUUGAAAGACUUGGAGAAGUCGGGGACGUCUCUUCUGCAGGGCUCGUCCAAUGGGAAGACGGGAGGUGUCGACAUCCAACAGACGCUUGACAAACUCGAGGCUGAUUGGUCCAAGCUUGAUAAGCUGUGGACCAGUAGGAAGGAGUGUUUGGAGCAGGGGGUGGAGCUCCAGAGGCUGAACCAGGAGGGAGACCGGAUCGAGGCGGCGCUGUCCGGACACGAAGCCCGACUCAGGGUCAAAGACGUCGGGGACUCGAUGGACAGUGUCCACAGUCUGCUGGGCCGGCAGGAGGAGCUGGACGGCCUCCUGAGGGCUUCAGACCAACGCGUGGAUCAUUUUGCCCACCGCAGCCAGGAGCUCAUCAACCAGCAGCACUACGCUGCCAAACACAUCAAGGAGCGGAGCAGGAGCAUCCAGAGGGCCAACAAGUCACUGAAGGAGAGCAGCAGGCAGAGGAGGAGUCUGCUCCUGGCCUCAAAGAAAUAUCAGGAGUUCCAGAGAGACACAGAUGAGCUGCUGCUGUGGAUGGAGGAGAAGUUUAAGGUGGCGGAGGACGAGUCGUACCGGGACCCCACCAACAUCCUCCGAAAGCUGAAGAGACACGAGGCCUCGGAGAAGGAGAUGCAGGCUAACCAGGUCUGGCUGGACAGACUGGUUCAGCUGGGGCAGGAGAUGCUUGCUGAAGAGCACUACAAUAGCCAGAGCAUCAGCAGGAAGUUGACUCAGCUCGGCAGCCGGUGGAGGAGACUUCAGGACAAGAUGGCCGACAGAGGAGACAAACUGAGACAGGCGGGACAGCAGGAGCAGCUGAUGGAGCUGCUGCAGGACGCCAAGCUGAAGAUCGAGGCCAUCCAGUGGAUGCUGAACAACGCUGCCAAAGGUCACGACCUCCGCUCCAGCCGACAGCUCCUGAAGGAGCAUCAGCAGCUGGAGCAGGAGGCCAAGGAGCUGGCGGAGAAGAUCAACUCCAUCGUGAGCAGGGCCAAACAUCUCGCCACCAAUCACUUUGACUCCCAGAGGAUCCUGCAGGAGACCGACACGUACCUCACUCUGUUCAAGUCUCUGAAGAACCCUCUGGACCGGCGCCGGGCCCAGCUGGAGGCGUCCGUGCUGCUGUUUGGGUUCUACCACGACGUGGACCUGGAGCUCAGCUGGAUCUCUGAACACCUUCCCGCCUCGGGAUCCACAGGAUACGACAAGUCUCUGGCUGGAGCCAUCAGCCUUGUGCAGAAACACAAGGAGUUGCAGGCAGAAGUGAACGCCCACCGAAAACACCUGAACCACGUCCUGGAGAAGGGGCGGGGCCUGGCCAAAUCCAGCAAAUCAGACGGAGAGGAAGUCCUCCAGAGGUGUACACAGCUGAGUGAAGAGUGGGAGGAGUUAGAGGAGGCCUGCAACAGGAGAGCAGCUCACCUGAGCAAGGCCAUCACCAGAGAACAGCUGCUGUUGGACUGUUCGGAGCUGGAGUCCAGGCUGACUGAGACUCUCACUCUGGUGAACACCGACGACUACGGCAAAGACCAGCUGGCCACACAGAGUCUCCUCACCAAACACCAGGUUUUGGAGGGCCAGCUGGAGGUGCUGGAGGUGGAGGUAGAGGAGUUAGGAGACCAGGUGGAGCAGGCGGUUCAGACCUGGAGCCUGGAGGAGCUCAGCAGGCCCUACAGUCGCCUCAGCAGCCUGAACCAGCAGCUGCAGCACCAGGCGGCUCUCAGGGGUCAGAGGUUAAAGGAAGUCCUCCAUCUCCACGAGUUCAGCCGAGAGUCGUCCGAGUUGGAGGACUGGAUGAACCAACAGAGACAGACAGCCGAGUCUCAGGACCUGGGCAACGACUACCAACACGUACAGUUGCUGCGGGGGAAGUUUGAAGGUUUCCUGAAGCAGCUGGAAGUGGGUGAGGAGAGACUGCAGAGCUGCAGCGAGCUCGCUGCUCGACUGAUCCGCCAAAAACAUCCCCAGAGAUCUGCAGCCAGAGAGACACUCCAGCAGCUCAGUGCAUGCUGGGAGGAUUUGAAGGGCGUGGCCAGGGAGCGUCAGGAUCAGCUGCAGAGAGCUGAGGAGUGUUACCGCUUUUACCAAGACCUGACCGACGCGCUGACACUCAUCCAGGAGCGGCAGAAGAGCAUCCCUGAUGACGUGGCGAAGGAUGUGCGAGGAGUGAUGUCACAGCUGAGGAAACACGAGGCUCUGCUCCACGAGCUGGCUGUCUCCGAGCAACAGUUGCAGGAGCAGCUGGAUGGUGUCGACUCUAUCCUGGACCUCUGCACGCCUCAGCUGAAGCUCCGCCUACAGGAAGUGCAGCAGGAAGUGGUGGAGCGUUGGGAGGAGCUCCGACUCCACGCAGAGAAAAGGGAGGAGGAGCUAAAACUAGCGCGCCAGAGAUACUCGUUCCUCAACACGGCGCAGGAUUACUUCCUGUGGUGCAGCCAGCUGAUUGGUGCGAUGGCGGCCGAGGAGAGCAUCAGCGACGUGGCGACUGCCGACCUGCAGCUGGCCCAGCACCAGCAGCUGUGGGCCGAGAUGGAGGCCCGGCAGGAGACGUACCAACAGGCUCGGGACAUGGGGGAGGAGCUGCAGACGCAGGACAGGACCAACAGGAAGGAGGUGGCGGAGAAGCUGGAGUCCCUUCAGGCGGAGCGAGACAAGCUGGAGGACCAGUGGAACCAGAAACAGAGCUGGUUAGACAGCGUUCACCUGGAGCAGGUCUUCUACAGAGACGCUGACAGCAUGGACAAAACCUCCAGCUCUCAGGAGGUCCUGCUGCAGAACAGCACUCUGGGAAACACAGUCGACGAGACCGAGGGUUUGAUCAAACGCCACGAGGCUUUCGAGAAGCUGCUCAGCUCGCAGGAGGACAAGCUCUCCUCUCUGAAGGAUCUGUCCGAGCGGCUGAAGAAGCAGCUGAGCAGAGAGAAGAGUGGACGGGUCCGAACCAAACUCAAAGCCCUCCUCCAGCGACGGGACAGGAUCAAGGAGCUGUCCGUCAAACGCAGGGAGGAGCUGGAGCUCUCCAGGAUGCUGUGCAUCUUCAACCGAGACGUUGCCGAGGCCGAGGAGUGGGUGUCCGAGCGGAGGCAGAAGAUGGCCGAGGACGGUAAAGCCGACCUGAGCAACCUGCAGGCCAAGAUGAAGCUCCUCCAGAAGCAUCAGGUGUUUGAGGCCGAGAUCCUGGCGCACCGAGAGAUCAUCGGCUCCGUGCUGCGGGCCGGAGAGGAGCUUGUUUCCCUUCGACACCCGAGGUCCAAGGAGGUGAAGAGGAGCGCAGCCGCCCUGCAGCUCCACUGGGAGGAGCUGAAGAAGGCCAUGGCCACCCGAGGGAAAGAUCUGGAAGAUAACAGGGACUUCCUGGAGUUCUUGCAGAAAGUGGAAGAGGUGGAGGCCUGGAUCAGACAGAAGGAGGUGAUGGUUAAUGUCGGAGAUGUUGGGAAGGAUUAUGAACACGGAGUUCAGCUGCUGAAGAAACUCGGCGAGUUCAGGGGAACUGGAGACGGGGACGUGACUGUGGACGAUGCUCACAUCACCGCCAUCAACAGACUGGCAGCCCGACUGGAGAAGAGACAGAGCGCCGAAGAACAGCUGACUGUCCGACAGAGGAGACAGCAGCUCAACGAUCGGUGGAGCAAGUUUCACGGAGAUCUGAACAAUUACAAGAGGAAGCUGGAGGGGGCGCUGGUGGUGCACGCUCUGAUCAGAGAGCUGGAGGAGGUCCGAGACCGAGCCAACGAGAAGAUGCUGCUGCUGCAGGGUCAGGACUGUGGGUUUGACGUGGACAGCGUGGAGAAUCUGAUGCGACGCCACGAGGAAACGGAGCGAGAGGCCGGGGUCAUCCUGGAGAGGUCAAAGGCUCUGGAGACGGAGGUGUCGGACCACCUGAAGGCCCGAUCGGUGAUGAGCGACAAGCUGAAGAACAAACAGAAGGAAGUCCAGAAAGCUCUCAGGACUCUGGACCAGCAGGUGGAACUCAGGAAGGAGAAGCUGCACGAGGCCCACCAGCUGCAGCUGUUCAAAGCCAACCAGCGCCUCCUGUUGGAGUGGAGCGUCAAACAGAGCGGCGAGAUGGCGGAGAAAGGCCUUCCCAAAACCAGAGCCGAGGCCGACCGGCUCAUCCUGGAGCAUCAGGACUGGAAGACGGAGAUCGACGCCCGCGCCGAGCGCAUCGACUCAGUCCGGGACUUCGGCCUGGGUCUGAUCCGAUCGUGUCACGGUUCCAAGGCGGAGAUCCAGAAGGCCCUGAACCAGCUGGAGGAAGCUAAAUCUGGACUGGACCGAGCCUGGCAGAACCGCAGCACGACCCUGGAGCAGGCCCGAACCCUGCAGGUGUUCCUGUCUUCUGUAGAGCAGUGUGAGAGCUGGCUCAACAACAAGGAGGCCUUCCUCUCCAACCAGGACCUGGGGAGCUCUGUGACGGAGGUGGAGGCUCUGCAGAGGAAGCAGGCCCAGUUCGCCGAGGCUCUGGAGGCUCAGGUGGAGCAGCUGGACCAGGUGGACAAACUGGGCCAGGAGAUGAUCCAACAGAACCACUACGACUCCGACAACAUCCGAGCCAAGAGCAGAGCACUGGCCGCCAGACGGAGCCAGCUGCAGCAGCAGAGCAGAUCUCGUCUCAAAGCUCUGGACCGAUCCCUGAAGCUUCAGCAGUUCUUGUCCAGCAGCUAUCAGGUGUGUGUGUGGCUGAACGAGCGUAACGCUGUGGCGCUGGAUGAGAGCUGGAGGGAACCAACCAACCUGCAGGCCAAACUGCUCAAACAUCAGAGCUUCGAGGCCGAGGUCCUCGCUAACCGCUACAGGGUGGACACGCUCACCAAGGAAGCACAGAAGCUGCUGUCGGAGUCUGGAUCAGCUGACCUGAAGGUUGGACCUCGACUCAGAGAGCUGGAGGACAGCUGGGACGCACUGCUCCACAACUGUAAGGAGAAGAAAACCAGACUACAGGAGGCCUACCAGGCGCUGCAGUUCCAGCGUUCGUUAGACGACGUGGAGCAGUGCGUGGGCUCAGUGGAGAGCGAGCUGACCAAUGAGGACUGCGGGAGCGACUUGCCGUCUGUCAACAGGCUGCUGAAGGCUCUGCAGGGCCUGGAGGAGGAGGUGGAGGGACACCGAGACAGAAUCCAGGGUCUGGUGGAAACAGCCAAGAGCUUCCACUCUCAGGGAAACUUCCUGGCGGAGGAGAUCCAGACCAGAGUGGCCCAGACCAUCAGCAGGUAUAACAGUCUGUCAGAGCCCCUGCAGAGCCGGAGGGAGACCCUGGAGGCCUGGCAGGUUCUGUUCCAGUUUUACAGAGACUUGGAGGAGGAGGUGGCCUGGACCAGCGACAGACUGCCCUCCGUCACGGCUAAAGACUGGGGGAGCUCGCUGAGCAACGCCCAGCAGCUGCUCCACAAACACCAGGCUAUGAUGCAGGAGAUCUUAAGCCGCACCCCAUUGGUCCAGGCAGUUCAGGAGGCGGGGCAUAGUCUGGUCAGAGGUCGCCAUUUUGCGUCUCACGACAUCCGGGAGCGUCUGGAGGAGCUGAAGAGUCUCCGCGAGGCGCUGAUGACGGAGGCGGAGAGGAAGGGGAAACUCCUGCAGGAGGCGCUCGGCAUCCACUCCUUCCUCACCGAGGUGUCUGAGCUGGAGCUGUGGUCUGAGGACCAUCAGGCUGGUCUGGAGUCCCAGGACUGUGGGCGUAGCGAGGAGACGACCGAGGCUCUGCUGCGGAGGCUGGACGCUGUGGACGGAGAGCUGGACAACCAGAGGAGGACCCUGGAGAGACUGCAGGAGACCGGAGCCUCGCUGCAGCAUCUCGGACACCCAAACAGCCACCUGGUCAGCGAGUCCCUCCCAGGAGUCCUCGAACGCUUCGAGACUCUCCUCCGACUGUCCUCCGCUCGCCGCGCUGCUCUGGAGGACCAGCUCCGCCUCUACGUGUUUGAGAGAGAAGCCAAAGAACUACAAACAUGGCUGAACUCCAAGAAGGCUGUGGCCGAGUCGAAAGACUGCGGACAAGACCUGGAGGAUGUCGAGGUCCUUCAGAAGAAGUUGGAGGUUCUGGUGUCGGAGAUGUCCAGUCUGGGUCGCAGCCGGCUGACCUCGGUGCAGCAGCUGGGCCGAGGGCUGCAGCGGGACGGCCCGGCCCGGAGGAGGGACGAUGCCCUCAGCCGGCUGUGGGACGAACUCAACAGCAGCAUCCGGACCAGAGAAGAGAACCUGCAGUCGGCGAGGGAGGUUCACCAGUUUGAUCACGACGUGGACGAGCUGAAGGGCUGGAUAGCGGAGAAGGAGGCGGUGCUGGACUCGGAGGACCAGGACCAGGACCAGGACCACGACCUGCACUCCAUCCAGACUCUGCUGAGGCAACACGAGGCGCUGGAGAGGGAGCUGGUUCUGAUCUCCGAGGAGGUGACCCGGAGCCGAGAGGAGGGCCGCGCUCUGAUUGGACGGCAGCCGCGGGCCCGAGCCGCGGUGUCUCGGAGGCUGGAGGAGCUGCAGGCCUGCUGGGCCAGCGUCCGGGACAAGGCGUCCCAGCGCCGAGCCAGGCUGGGCCAGGCCCAAGACAUGCAGAAAUACCUGUCCCACUGGACCGAACUCAUGACCUGGCUGAGGGAGGUGCUGUCUCUCGUUCGAGGGGAGGCUCUGAGCGUGGAGGGAGCGGACCUGGAACAGCUCCUUAAAAAGCACGACGAGUACCGUGUCCAGAUCGACCGACAGCUCAGCAAAUCCCAGGCCGUGAAGGAGGAAGGGGGGCAUCUGAUAGAGGGAGGGAACUUCAUGUCCCCAGAGGUGGGUGAGCGUGUCUGUGAGCUGGAGGAGCUGGAGCUGCAGGUGGAGAAGGUUUGGGAGGAAACCAGGCUGCUGUAUGAGGAGGAGCAGGAGGUGUCACUCCUGCAGAGGGAGCUGGAGCAGGCGGAGCGCUGGCUGAGCUCCUACGAAAACACGCUGAUGGCCGAGGACUUCGGGGACUCGGUGUCUGAUGUGAUGGAGCUCCUGAAGAGGCAGGAGGACUUGGAAGCCAUGAUCCAGGCCCAGAGUGACCGCUUCAUCGCCCUACAGCAGAAGAAAACACAGAGGGAGAAGAGACUUCAUGGAAGUGAGAACACGGACCUUCAGGAAAGAAAACCUCCAGCCAGAGUUUCCUCUCUGAGGAGUAAACCAUUGGACACAAAGACACCGCGGACCUCCUCCUCCUCCUCCUCCUCCAGGGACAUCGUGCGUCGAGUCAGCAGCGGCAGGAAGCUGGACAGGCCAAUCAGAUCGUCCGUGUGGGACAAGAAGACCUCCACCAGUCCCCCAAAGGGCCUGUCUCUCCACCCUGCCUUGGACUCAAGCUGGAAGAAACAGGAGGAAGAAGAAGACGCUGACGUUCCUCCUGCUCCCGUUUUAGCGAGCCGUCGAAGCCGCCACUCAAACUCAACACCUGGCUCUCCACUCAGAACAUCGCCUCCACCCCUUGCCUGUCUAACCUCUGUCUCCUCUUCAUCUCCCGAGGAAGACCGACGUCCAAAAUUCAAACCUGCUUUGGCUCCAAAGCCAAAAAUCUCGUCCCCUAAAACCUCCGUCUCUUCAUCUCUUGAGGAUGAUCCCAGAUCCAAACCACUUCCGGCUCCAAAGCCCAGAAUCUCGUCUAACGUCCGCUCUGAGCCCCCAAACCAAACGGAGAAAGCUGCUAGGCCACCUAGCUCGCCUCCACCAAUCAGAAAGCUCGUUGCUCCGACUGAACCGCCGUCUCCGCCCGUCGCCGAAAGAGGUUUCUUUUCCCCUGAAUCACAACCGUAUUCUCCAGGGAAAGAGCUCGACAGCGAGCCUGAUCCUCCCGAUUCUCCACCACCUGACUCCCUGACUGCUGCACCAAUCACAGAGCAGGAUACCGAGUCAGCUGACCUUGCUCCUCCAACUCGUGAGCCGACUCCAUCUCCUCCUCCUCCUCAGCGGCAGAGGAAGUUAGAAGAUCUGCCGGAGGAAGAACGCAGCACAGAGGUAACGGCAGAGCAGCCAAUCAGGAUGGAGGGGAUGCUGGAGAUCAAACUGAAACAAGGAGGAAACAAGGGUCUGGAGCACUGGGAGGAGGUGUUUGCCGUUCUGGAAGGAGAGACGCUGAGCCUGUUUAAAGACCGAGCGGCUGCCGCAGAGAGGGCCUCUAGGUGGCCUCCUAUCAACAUGGACGGAGUUGUUUGCAGGGAGAACGUUUACUACAGGAGGAAGGAGAACACGUUCAAACUGAUACUGCAGGACGGCAGUCAGUACCUGUUUGCAGCGUCCAGCAGAGAACUGCAGCUGCUUUGGGUGAAAAAACUCCAAAACUGCUCCGAAUCUGCCAGCAGCGACUCUGACGACUCGGGGAGAGCGUCAUCGGUCAACCUGAGUUUGGAGAAGUUGGCCGAGGCUCCAGACGAUUCGGCUUCGACCAAACCGCUCGACAAGAGAGCUGAGAGCCUGGAGAGACAGUCGUCCACGGAGGGCCAGCCUCCUCCCAAACCGCCCCACACGUACUACGACAAACACCACUACCCAGAGGAAGGGGAGAGCAGCACAGAUGCAGAGAGCCGACAAAAGCAGCCUCCUCUUCCUCUGUCCACCGACACCCAGGACCCCCCCACUGUGACCCCUCAGCUUACAGACGACAACACGGGCAAGUCAAGACUGAGCAUCUUCAGGAAGAUUUUCCCCAAGAAGUAAAGCUUGUCUAGUUUAGUUUACUAACUAAGAAGUAAAUCUUUAUCGACUUAAUCAAUCCAUCCAGUCACUUUUCUUCAUACUGGGACGCCAAAUGGUGCCAUGACAAAGAUGUUAAUAUUGAAAUAAUAAGGUUUCACCCCCCAGAAUUGGGGUACAAUUUCCACCCUUGACACUAGAUGAGGUGUUAUCAAAUGCCAAGUGAAAAUAAUCUCACGUACAAAGUGCUUUUAUUUAAGUGCCUCACAGAAAAUAAAGAACCCAGGGACUGAAAAAAGGUGAUUAUACAAUUCUCUAAUAAAAUUCUCUAAUAAAAAUCUUUGAAAUUAGUCCAGUAUUGAGCGAGAACGCUGUAACCGGCAACCAUAAACCGGGCUGCAAUCUAGCCCUACAGGACAAAAGUUCAGCAUCAGUUAGCGUCCACUAAAAGUUCUGU